AUGCUUAUAGACCCUCUGGUGCUGAAGAAGAAGCUCAAUAGGAUGGCAACAGAGCAAGGAGCCUUUGUUGUUCUCAGCAGCCUGCUGCAAUACGUCACUGAGCUCGCAGCCGGCGAUCUGCAGAUCAGCAACAAGAGGACAAAAUGGGCAGAAGGUAAAGAAAACCAGGUGAGCUCUAACCAGCCAUGUCCAGAUCCAGUCAGCGUUCAGUAUCCAACCAGAUUUCAGCUCUUGCGGUCCAGGUUUCUAAACACCAAUCGUGAGCCAUACACCAAGAAGAGAAGAGAAGUCGGCAAACUGGUCAUUAAAGAGAAGAUGUGGGUGAGCAGGGCUGGUAACAAGCUGGACAGAAGCAGAGACAGGAAGGGAGAUGGAAAAGCAGUGGACGAGGAUGCAGACACAGCACCCAGCGAUAGGGCAAGGUGGACUAGUGUGACUGGGAAAAACACAGUGAAGAACAUACUGAAGAAAUUUUUAGCUGCUGAAGAAAAAGAAGCCAAGGGGGAGUCUCCCAGCUGGAAAAAGAAGGGAGCAAACAGUAGUUUGCCAAAAAUAGUCAACAAGAAUUCAGUCUUGUCCAAACUGAAGGACAAGUUUGAACAAAGCACUCUCUGCUCAGCUGCAGAGGUGAAAGCAUCGCUCUUGCGCAAAGGUGAGAGAAAGACUAAAAACUUCCCCAGCAGAAAAGCUAUUCAUAAGCCUGAGGUCAGAGUGCUGCGCAUGGCAGCGAUGACAGCCACAGGUAUAAAGAGUCCAGAGUCCCAAAAUUUAGUGUGCUCCAUGGUUCCAGUGCCCAGAUUCAGCAUGGCUACCAAAAUUAACCAUCCUUGGAGCUGGUCGAAAAAUAAUGCCACAAAGCAGCCUUUUGGUCAUGGCACACUGCUGAGGGAAAAGGAGGGAUCCACCAGAGACCACAGAGAGAACAAAACCCUGGGAGAUACAGCACAGGUCAGGGAGGACAAAGAAGAGUUACUAGUGGCACCAGAGGCCAUGUCAGAUGCAAAAGACUGUGCUGAGGGUAAAAUAGAUUCCACAAAACAGGAACCCAACUUUCACCCUGUUCUAAAUAACUCUUCAACUACUCAUGAAAACAAAGCUCUUGCAGACUGCAUUCCCCCCUCACCUGAAUGUGAAAGGACUAACAUGCCAGCUGGGCCUGACACAUCUUCACUAUUGGGAACUACCAAUGCUCUGCAACAUGUGAAAGAAGACAGCCCACCUUCUGACUCACCUGACUCUGGCACAGCUGAAGGAUCCCAUGAACAAAGUCCUCAGGAUACUACACCAGGAGAGAUUCCUGAAAUAUCUCUGUAUGUAUAUGGUUCAGAUGAAGAUGACACAGAGCUCACAGAGCCAGAAAAAGAUCCUUUCUUUGCAGGCCAAAAAUGUCUUCCAAAGCAGAAAGCACUGGACAACAUGCUGCCAUUUUACUCUCCAAAAUUUUCAGCAUCUUGUGAAGUUGAGCCCUCAAUGGAUGAUCAACAGCUAACGGUCCUAAUACCAGCUUCUGGCACAAAGCCACCAAUAGAGGCACUGGAUUUAAAAGGCAAAUGUUUUAAGGAAGCCAAAAAAGAAGCAACAUUUCACAGUGAAGACAAAAUGUCUUCUACUUCCAGCAAAAAUGAUAGUGAGGUCCCAAAUAUAGAGGAGGAGGAAAAUAAGACACCCAACAGCCAAAUGCAAAAUGAAUUAAAAACCAUGCAGCCUCAGGCUCCUCAAAUGAAUUUUCGCUCACAAAAUAAUUUUAAUGUUUCCAGUGGGGACAUGCAAGUUCCAGACACAAAUCAGAACAAACCUACACUCUCCUCAAAUGAGAGCCUGGAGCCAAAGCCUGGGGCUGCAGCAGAAGAAGACACCUCUUUUCCUUUGGAAAAGACACAAAGCCCUUUGCCAGGUGAUGUUGUGAAGCACAGUUCCUUUAUCUCAGAAGAAGAUUUUGGGAAGGACAUAUUGUCUUCAUCAAAUGAAGGGAUGAACUAUGCAAACAAUCGAGCCCUGCAAAGGAUUUCCUUAACUGACCUGGAGACCUGCCACAAGCCAUCUGAAUCCUUCAUUGAGCAUGAAGAGGGCACUGCAGAUGAGAUGCCCUGGCCUGACUCUGAGGCAUGGCAGUCACCCUUGGCAACCCCUUCACCAAUAUCGAUGAGUGGGAUUGCAGGACAAAGUAUCCGUGGCACUCUUAGAAAUCCUCCUGCACUUCCACCUCUUGAUCUGGAGGGACAGGGAGGUGGUGCUGUGGAACAUGAGCAUGACAGCCACGGCUGCGAGAAGCAUCCACACCCCCCUUCAGCUGAGUUGACAAGUGGUGGGAAUGACACAAUGCAGGAGAAGAAAACCAUGCAGGAUUUUAAGAACCAAGCACUCUUCCCAGAUGAUGCAACAGAAAAUGAAAACUCCACUGACAAAGAGACAAAUACAUGUCAGAGACUUGAAAACUGUCCUUCACAUUCAACCACAAAGCCAGGAAAACAUGAAAAUAAAACCACACUAGCAGGAAAUCCCCUAUUACCCUUGGAGAAGAGCCAAACACCAAUAUCAGAUGAUACCAAAAAGCAAGAAUGUGGUAUGCUAGAAGAGAACCUGAUUCCUUCAUCAACUGAAUUGGUCUCAGACCAAAAGAAGGAUGCAAAAAGUAGAAAUAAAAUAUCUGAACACACAAGGGAUAAGCUCUUCUCCUCAGAUGAUGACAUGAAGAAUGAAAUUGAUAGCGUGGAGACAGAGAAGAAAGAAGAGAGAAAUGUCUUGCAUAAAUGGGAGCAGGAACAAGUAUUCACACCAAGUGAUACUGUGGACCGUGAUAAUAACUCUUCAAAGGAGAAUGAUGCUCAUAGUCUUCAAACAUCCCAGUUACCUUCAUCAGAGCAUGAUACCAACAAUCAAGGAAUGAAAAAUACUGGAGAGAGUUUGGAGAAUCUAGCAUCUCCAAAAGAUUUUAUGAAACAUAAAGAGGAUGUGACAGGAGACAAAAACAUCUAUCACAAUAAUAGGAAAAAACACCAGGACCCAUCAGAUGUGCCAAUGAAACAUACAAAUGAAGGGCUACAAAAUGUCAAGUCAGACCUCAACAAUUAUUCAAUGCCACCAAGACAUACAAGUCAGGACAAUAAGAUGGCCGAUGAGGACAAUACUUCUCUAGAGACACAGAAACAGAUGCCACCAGGUGGUCUUGUAAAGCCUGAAACUAAGCCAGACAAAAAAGAGACUAAACAUACCUCUGAGAUGUUCCAGUCACCUUCUUCAAAGAAAGUGCCAGAUUCUCAAGACAGAAGCUCUUCAGGAGAGAGGAAGCAAGAGACACCAGUGGCAGAAGACACUGGAUCACCUGAAACAGAGGUUGUAAAAGAGGAUAUUGAGCAGCAGUUUUCUGGGAAGCACCAGUUUUCUGGGAAGCACCAGCUACCUCCACCAAGAAAAUCAGAAAUGCGUGAGGAAAAUAAUCCAGCACUCAAACAGCAAAUGAGAUUUGAAGAUUUUCUGACACCUGAUACAAAUACUGCAAAAGAGAAAGAUGAACUUCCAAGUUCCAGGAAGUGUUCAUCAGUACCACCAAAAACAUUGGCUAAGCCUCAAGAAAAAAUUACUGCAGAACAAAAGCAAAAAACAUCAGAAUCUUCAGGUUUUAGGAAGCCUGGUACUAAUUCUGUAAAAGAAAAGGAUGAAGAUCCAAAUACUGAGAAGCUGCCUUCUUCAAAUGAAGUACUGAAGCCUCAAGAAAAAAGUGCUUCAGGAGAGAGGAAGCAGAAGACACCAGCAGGAGAGGACAGCACGUCACCUGAAGAAAAGGAUGUAAAAGAGAAAGAGAAAGAUGAAUACCAAGCUUCUGGUGACCAUCCGUUACCUCCUUCAAGUAAAUUAUUGAAGCCUGAGAAAAAUAUUCCAGGAGGAGAAAAAACAGAAGCUGUAUCUGAAAGUUUUACAAAGCCUGAUGCAAAUGCUGUGAAAGAUAAAAGCAAAGAUCCAGCUUCUGGGAUGUGCCAGUCCCCACACUCAGAUUUGCCCGUGAAGUCUGAAGAGAAUAAUGCCACAGUCAAAAAGAAGCAUUUGCCACCACCACAUGAUGCAAAACCAACGUGUAAAACUGGUAGUGGAGAAAAGAAGAGUGAACCUGAGAGAAGAGAGAAAUACCAGCUAGGCUCUUCAGCUCAGUCAGAGAGGCACAGCAAUGAUGGCUCAGGAGAGGAGGACCCUCUGGGUGAUUUCAGAAGCUAUCAAGCUCCAUCACCAAGCAAUGGCAUAAACUGUAAAAGCAGUGCUGUCCCAAAAGAGACCAGUUUGUCUAAUACAGAGAAAUCCCCCAAAUCAUUCUCAUCAUCACAUGUUGCAUCAAAAGAUAAAAUAAAUCCUGCUGGAAACAGAGAAAAGCAGCCUGGAUUUAAGAAGUACAAAGCACUCUCGUCAAAGACUUCGGUGAGGCAUGAGAGAGGUGCUGCUGAAAGGGAGGGGAGUGGGCAGGCAGCUGGCAAAACCAGUGAGAAAAAGGCAGAGCUGGAGGACUGCUCUAAAGCAACACCAUUCUCAAAAUACACAGUGGAGAGCUACAGUGAAGGAUCCUUAGAUUCAGCUUUCAAACCAUUGAUCAUUAGAGUAACUGACACAUUUAAACAUCACAGCUAA